UGGUAAUGAUGUUGAAGAUGAUAAUGCAGAAAUAGAAAUGGAUAAAGGUUGUUAUAGUGGUAUUGAAGUUGUAAGAGACACACAAUAUUGGGAUACCCAGAUUAUUACUCUCAGCACUUUGGGUCAAAA